GCGAAAGGACAACAUGCGGGAACGACAGUGCAAUUGUUACCAGCUCCAGCUUCUUCGGGGAUUGUGGCUUCUCCGACUGUGAAAGACUUGUUGAGACUCGCUGGGAUCCAAGACUGCUACGUUGUCUCUUCAUCAGGCAAGCCGUCUUCACCGGAUUGCCAAGCAAUGGCGACGUACGCGGCCCUUCGCGGGACGCGGUCGCCGGCCUUAUCCUCGUCAUCGCCGUCGUCCCUGUCGGUGUCGAUGACACGCUCAUCCUCGUGUGCCGUCCACACCCCGGUCACGUGUCCCUACGACCAGUACACCGACUACAUCUUCAACAAGUUCCGGCCCACGGCUUCCGGUCCGAGGAACCGGCCGCCGUCUUCCUUCCGGUCCCCGGCGAUCGCCGCCUCUUCGUCGCCCUGCUCAUCUUCCGCCUCUUCCUCGUCUUCUUCGCGAUUGUCCCAGGGAAACAGGUUCUUCUUCAGCUGAAGUUUCAUCAAUUAAUCUUGGAUUUUCCGCACCUCUUUUCCCGACGCCGGAGGGAAUUUUCCUGAAGGAAUUUUCGAGAAGCCCUGCGACAUGCGGACAUGAAUGAUGAGUGCCCACGUCAAAGCAGAAGCCGUGUAUCAUCUGUCAACCCACAGGAUUCCCUGUUUUUUCUUUCUUUUUUCUUUUUGAAUGCCUCCCUGCGUGUUUUUCAAUUUUCCAGAGGACAAGAUUGAAUCCUGUUCGAAAGCAGGGGGCUUCGCAAUUCUGUCAGUCUGAAUAGUCGCUUAUUUUUUCUUUUUUUUCUUGUGAGAAGAUGAAAAUAUUUGGAUUGAUGAUCUAACACGAAAAUGUUUCCGUGAUGUGGAAUUUCCCCCUCAUUUUUCAUGUUGCUCGUUUUUUUUUAAAAGAAGUUUCAAGAAUUGCAUUCAAUUUGUCAUCAUCAAACGUUGAAUUCUCGCUCGAGAUUCUAGAAUUUUUCUCUUUGUCAAAAUUUGUUUAAAAGUGAACAAAGAAAUGGAUUGCCAGUAUUCCAACUGACGUCAAAAAAGAUUUACUCC